AUGGAAUUUCGGAAGUAUAAAUGUAUGAUGAUUGACCUGUCCCAAAUCCACAGCUGGGUUCAUGCUCUGGCCGCAAUCAUACACGAUCCUAACUGCCUCGCAGCUCGACUCAGAAGUCGUGCUACCUGCCGUAAACCCUCCCUGCACCAAACUCAACGUGUCCGCCUGAACAACCCGAAUUUUCUCCACCAAAUCUUCACAAUCACACCCAAUUCCACCAAGAGCAUAUGCCGCCACCUGUCUCACCUUCGUCCAAAGCCCCUGCCCCAAUUCUAUACCCCCAACUUCCACAACCACAGACCCAUCCCAAAGCACACUCACUUUCCCAGGACUCGGCCUCACAAAAACAUCGUGCACAAUCGGAACUCGAGAUAUUCCCCUCUUUCGCCACAUAUGAACCCGGUUAAACUGCUCGACUUCCCUCACCCUCAUCUCAAACCCAGACGACUCCCCCACCUUAUUCCAAAUCAAAGGCAGAGUGUACUCAAACAAUUCCCCAGACGAGUCUCCGUAAAACAUCUUCAGACUCUCGUGCGUGUGGAGAUUCCGUUUCCUCACGUAAUCCGCUUCCAUAUCUAA